GCAAGUGUUCCUGGCUUUCCAUCUGCACCAAAGCCCAAAUCAAUGCUUUAUAUUGUCCCUUCAUGCACAACAUUUUCAAAUGUGCCUGGGAUGCUAUCAAAUGUAAUAUCUGAAGUGGAAUUUCAGUGGCCUGAAAAUGAAAGGCCAUUAUGGGUUAAACAAUUAAGCAGGAAAUGUCAGUCCAUGCUAGCCAUUCCACCUCAGUACAGAGAAAUGAAUGAUAAAGCUAUCAAUAGGGAUAUGGUAGCUUUGCGCCCAACUUGUGCAACCAGUACUAAAUUACCCGGCUUCCCAUCUGCCCCAAGACUAAAAACUAAGGCGGCAUCAGAUAUGGUUUCCCUCAUGCCAUCUUGUUCACAUUUUACAAAAGUAUUAGGUAUGCCAUCUGUUGAUUUAGGAAAUGAAGCAAUGGAUUCAACUGCAUGGCCUGUGGAUGCAAAGCAACUGUACAGGAGGACCUCAAAGAAUGAGUCUGAUGUGGUAUGUUCUUCCUUAAUAAACUUGAAUCAAACAAAAGACAAUCACCUGAAUUCAGACGUAGAAGACAUGGCUAUGAUGCUGACAUCCUGUGCAAAGCAGUCCAGUGUCCCUGGCUUUCCAUCCACAUGUUUUGAAUCUCCACAUAUUCUUUAUCAGACAAAUAAUAGCCAAGCCUCAAUUGAAGAUGUUUGCCAUAAACAAGAAACUUCGACUGUACUUCGUCCAGCAGAAAUUGAAAUGGACCUGUCCAGUGCAAAAGAGUCUGGCAGUAGUUUUGCAUUAGAGAAGACCAAGGAGAAUGUGAACUUGUGGGCAAGGUGUGAGGAAGGACAAAAGGGAAUUCUGGAGAGGGGGAAAAUGCAUUUCAGAAUGUGGCACUCCAUACCAGACAUGCCACUAUUACUGACUGUUGAGGAGAGCUGCCAAAGCAUAAGUGCACAGAUUCCACCUUCUGAAAACUACGGAGACACUCUGACUGAAAAUGUUGACGUGGUUGAAGAUAAAUUAUGGGCUGAACAAGACAGAACAGAACAGUUUGUUGAAACUUUACAGAAAGAAGAGGAGACUACAGAAGAUCACAAUUGUCUGGUCCCUUCUACAGCAAAAGAUCGACCCACAGGACUGCAACAAGAGUGUGUACCAAACAUGGUAUAUCUUCUUCCAUCAUGUCCACUGUUCUCAAGAGUUUUGGGAUGUCCAUCUACAGCGCUGUCAAGCAUAUGCAAAACAGACCUACUCAAAUGGCCAACUGAUUUAAGUAUAAUUUGGGAUGAGCCACGUAGAUCAACAAAAAAAUAUUUUGUUUAUGCCAGAUUUGGACAAAUCCCUCUUUGAGGCAAAAAUGGUGUCCCUGACAUGCACAUGUCCAAAUGAAGCAAGAAUUUCUGGCUUUGCAUCUGCUAAAAGACUCACAGAGGCCCCAUGUCCAUCUCGCCCAGAAACAUCCAUUGUUGUUGACACAUCUUUACAGACCCCAGUUCCAGAAGAAAAGUGUCACGAGGAGUGGCUGAGCAUUGAAACAUCAUUAUUGGAAGAACUUCCUGAGCCAAAGCAAGUUUUAGACAUUGAUAGCCCAUUUGAGUAUUUGGAGAUCCCUGUAAUGAUGGUGGCCACUGUUCCAUCUUCAACACUUGAUUUCCCAUCUGCACCAAACAGUGAAGAAAUAAUUACUCAAUCGUGUGAUAGAUUAGACAUUCAAGAGUCUACAGUUGCUGAUUCUAAACAAAGGGAUGAUUCCAAGCCUGCAAAUGAGAUAUUAAACUUCAUUUCUGAAAACGCUGCACAAAUUCCAGAUUCUACCCCUGAAACCCAAAUUGAGCCAAAUAUGUUGGAGCUUCUCCCAUCCUGUCCGGUGCUUUCUACAAUUCCUGGAUGUCCAUCUCUAAGGGUCCUUGAAGGCAAGGAGUGCAUUAGUGAUCAAUCAAUAAUCUUUUGCAAUUUACUCAAAGACAGACAGACUGGUAUUUUUGAUCCCAGUACAGAUGAAAAAGACUCACAGAUUCUAGCUCUGGCACCAACAUGCCCACAAGCAUCAUGUAUUCCUGGCUUUCCAUCUAGACCACAUCCUAAGUCACAGAUGGAGCCGAAAGUGCAAAACAUUUGUCCCUCUUGCCCAAAGGUUUCAAAUGUAGCUGGUUGUCCGAGCAUCCAUAUCCCAAAGACGUCCGAUUGGCCUAUGAGUACAGUCAUUUUGUGGUCAAGUCAAUUAAAGAAACUCCCUGUUGUUUUGGACAUGGACAAGAAAUGCAAAGAAAAUGGUCAUAGAAUGUAUGCUCUGGCACCUACAUGUCCAUCAGUGGUCUGUAUUCCAGGUUUUCCAUCUGUGCCCGAACCAAUAAUGCUUUGCAUGCUUCCAGCUUGCCCGGAGAAGUCAAUUGUUAUUGGAUUUUCUUCUAAAAGAGAGCAUUUAGAUUGGUCUAUUGACAAGAAAACAUUGUGCAAUGCAUCUUUUAAAAAACAACCUGUUGUUCUUGUUGACAGAGUAGAUUGGCUCAGUGAAUUAACUAAAAUAAUGUUUGCAUUGGCUCCAACCUGUCCAUUAAAGGCAAGAAUACCCGGAUUUCCAUAUGCACCUAAGCGCAAAGCUACACUUCCUCCCAAUAUGGUUGAUCUUCAUCAGUGUGUCCCGAAGGCUUCAAGAUUAAUGGGAUUCUCAUCAUAUGAGAGGAUAAACACAGGAGCAUGGUUUGCUGAUGAAACACCCCUAUUGAAGAGGCCAUUGAGAACCAGAUCCGAACUGCUUUUCCAGUUUAAUUUAGCAACUCCAUAUGAAGAAACAGACAUUUUGCAGAGGAUGUUUACAUUAGUACCCACCUGCCCGAAAGAAGCAUGCAUGCCUGGUUUUCCCUCUCUUCCUCAGGUUAAAGUGGAGGGCUUCUAUCUCAGUAAAGAACCAGACAUAGUCAGCAUUUUACAUUCUUGCCCAAUGCUUUCUUGCAUCGAAGGUGUUCCUACAGUAAAACCUAUGCCCAUAGAAGAGUCUCAAGGAAGGAUAUGGUCCGCCCAGAAGCCCAUAUGGGUCAAACCUCUUAAAGAAAGACCAGUUUUGUUUUUAAGUUGUACAAAGGAUUAUGAAGAGUAUUCAAAAACUAUGUUCUUGCUUACUCCUACCUGCCCUAAUAAGGCCAGCAAUUAUGGUUUUCCAUGCUCGGAAAGUUUAAAAAAAGAAGAGCAUGUGAUGACAUUUGUCUUGCCAUCUUCUUCAGAAGCUUCAUUCUCUGCAAAUGAUGAAAUAGGUUUCAAUUACCUGGCCACUGAAGUGUCAUGUUCUCCAGUUGAAUCAAGACUUCCUGAUUUCCCACAUUCUUCUACAUAUACAAUUUUACCCUCAAGUCUACCACAAGAACACAUUGAAUUUGAUGCUAAAUUUACUCAAUGCAUAGAAUCAGAAAGGAAUCAAUCACUGGACAUAACAGGAACUGAUAAUCCUAAAGAAAUAGGAAGUUUUCACAAGAUGCCCUUGGUUAAAGGUAUUGAAAACCAUCAGGAGAAGUCUCUUUUAGAGGAGCAACAUGUCGGGGAGCAGUCCACUAAAACCCAUGAUACCACCGAGCCAGGAGAGACUGCUCUAAUGUUAGGAUGGGAGGUUUUGGAGGCGGAUGAUACUUCCACAGAAAAAGAAGAACCUUCUGGUCUUGUUCAGAGUAUAGUUGAUGUCUUUCACAGAGGUUAUGAGACCGUUGCAGCAAUAUUGCAGCCCUCUAGCUCUGGAUCGGUAACGGACGCUUUAGAUCCUCUUAACAGCCUUGCAUCCUCUGUGGAUCUCGAGGGCAGCGGGACUCGCAUAGCUAGUGGACCUUAUCAGUCAUUGGAGCCAGCAGAGCCUGAGGUGUUCGAUUCUGCUGAACCCUACAUGUGGCGUUUGGUUAGUGGUUGUUCAGAAACAUCACUGUCGUCAAAAGAAUCUGAAAGCUGGUUUGUUGAAGAUGAAGAAUUUAGCCUAAUGAGGAAGUGGCCCCCCUUGACGGAGGCUGACCUUCAUGAGAUAACUAAAGAAGAAGAGGAUAACACGUGUGCUGACUCCUUGAUACAAGAGGGUAUAACUUAUGUUCAAGAGGAAACCGGUAAUGAUGAGAUUGUGACAGAAAGUAAAAUGUUUGAGACAUUGAGGGAUGAGGUGUCAACAACGAAACUUCAAGAGGAGGGGUGAGUUCAUCAAGAGUGUUGCAUUCAAACUCAACAACGUCAGUCCUGCAAACAGCAGCAUGGCUAUAUUAUAUUUUAUUUUUUAUUGUAGUGUUUUCUUCCACAUUUGCACACAUUUUGCAGUGAAAUUGCUGUAUUUAAAAAAGAAAUAAAGAAAAAUUGUUCAUGUGUUUAAAUCUGCUUUUUGCCCUAAAGGUGCACAGUGUCAUUUUAAUGCCCCUAGUGGCACAGAAUGGAAUUGGAGAAAAAAAUGAUUGCAGCCAAAUAAGUUAUCAGCAUUCAAAUUACCAUUAGCAGACAGGAACUAUUUUGAAAGAGCCACAGUUUUUACUUACUGUUAUAUCUUCACAUAUAACUGGGAAGAGAAAGUAUUUUAAAACAAGAACACAUACUCUGCACCCUUAAAGACAUUUGUUUGUUUAGCUAAGAUUGUGAUAUCUGUGCUGUUGUUACAAACUCUGCAUCUGUUGUGACUUUAAUGUACUCUGCAUGUUGCAAAGGUAUGCCAUUUCUGUUGGCUGUACUUUAAGCUGUGUUAAUGUUGCUUAAUUAAAAAGUAUGUAUCUGUUGGCUGUGGUUUAUAAGUGUGUCAUUGGAAAGCAGUAUUCGUUACUUAUCUCAAAACAAAAAUAAAUGUAGUGAUACUGUAUUUUUAUCCUUAAGGCCACAACAUCAUAUUGUGCAAGAAGUCUCUCUUUUCAUCCAAAGGACUGGGGACAAAUUGCUGGAUAAAGAAACACCUAUGUCUUUGUUGUUUUUAAAAAAUCCUAAUAACCUUAAGACUGUUGCAGAAGAGACUGAUGUUUCAACUUCAGAAGAACUUUUGCCACCAAGAAGGACCAAGAGGCAGGAUAUUCUUCAAGAGAACGUUCUGUUAUCAACACCAGUUUCCAGUCCAGCUGAACCAAAUGCUCAAAGUGACAACAUCUGUGUCAUAAAACAAACUGGACAUACUUCACACAAUGUACAGCCAGUUACAGCCCUCACCACCAUCCAAAGUUCUUCAGCUACGGCAGAUGAAGGUUCAUCUUUAGAAACGCAUGUCCCAUUGUCAUGGACCAAGAAAUGCGAAAGUGCUUAUUUUCCUGAUGAUACUUCAGUGAAAGAAGCAGCUGAAAAUGAGUUAAAAGUAUCCAAAAUUGAGAUUUGUACACCAGCACCCAAAGAGGAGACCACACCUCAAGAAAUUACAGCAUCAUGUCAUAGCAACGAUGGAGAAAAUGUUCCCCUAUUGCCUCCCAAAGUCACACAAGUGUGUGCUCCUCAAAGGCGAAAGAGUAAAGCUCAAACCACUAUAAAUGAUACCAAUGAAGAGUUUGAAAUAAAGAGCAUGUUGUCUUCUGUCAUCAGCGAUAUGUCUCAGUCUGAAGAGUCAAGAAAGGCCCAAGCUGGUAAUGAACUGAUCUUGAAAGAUCAGGUACAGCUGGAUUUGAAUGUUCCUGGUAUGUCUGAAGUGAAAAUGCGAAACAAAUGCAUUGAUCUUCCAGUUCCAAUGCCACGCGUGAAGAAACGUCUCAGUGGUUCUUUUACAGAUGAUCUUCCCUUCCCUUCAUCCACACCUCCUUCUGAAGAAGAUUCAAAUGACAUUGCUCCUCAAACAGAAGACCAUCAAGAUUCAACUCUUCCAGUACCAGUACCACGUUCAAAGAAACGUCUCAGUUGUUCUUUUCCAGAUGAUCUCCCAGACCCUUCAUCCACCCUUGUGUCUCAAUCAGAUUCAGACAAUAUUGUUCUCCAAACAGAAGACCAUCAAGAUUCAAGUCUGCCAGUACCAGUACCACGUUCAAAGAAACGUCUCAGUUGUUCUUUUCCAGAUGAUCUCCCAGACCCUUCACCCACCCUUGUGUCUCAAGCAGAUCCAGACAAUAUUGUUCUCCAAACAGAAGACCAACAGGAUUCAAGUGUGCCAGUACCAGUACCACGUUCAAAGAAACGUCUCAGUGGUUCUUUUCCAGAUGAUCUCCCAGCCCCUACAUCCACCCUUGUGUCUCAAGCAGAUUCAGACAAUAUUGUUUUCCAAACAGAAGACCAACAGGAUUCAAGUGUGCCAGUACCAGUACCACGUUCAAAAAAACGUCUCACUGGUUCUUUCCCAGAUGAUCUCCCAGCCCCUACAUCCAGCCUUGUGUCUCAAGCAGAUUCAGACAAUAUUGUUCUCCAAACAGAAGACCAACAGGAUUCAAGUUCACCAGUCCCAGUGCCACGUAUAAAGAAACUACUCAGUGGUUCUUUCCCAGAUGAUCUCCCAGCCCCUUCACCCACCCUUGUGUCUCAAACAGAUUCAGACAAUAUUGUUCUCCAAACUAAAGACCAAAAGGAUUCAAGUCUGCCAGUACCACGUUCAAAGAUACAUCUCACUGGUUCUUUCCCAGAUGAUCUCCCAGCCCCUUCAUCCACCCUUGUGUCUCAAUCAGAUUCAGACAACAUUGCUCUUCAAACAGAAGACCUACA